UGUACGGAAGCCCCGUUGUUUACGCAACUUGCGCAGCUUCCUGAAAAUGACCAGCUGGGGAAGGGUCGGUUCGGUCUUUAGGACCGUUUGGAGGAGCUCUCGCUCGUUAAAAGGGUUUUCACCGUAUGGCGCCGUGGCUCCUGCUAUUGUGGGUUCCGUAAUAGGGACCGGUGUUAUGUGUUAUUACCAGUAUCAUGUCAGCGCGAGAUCUCCGCCUUUCUACGUUCUUGCUGCGGAAGAAAAGGAAGCUGCAACUCCUCAGCUGUCUGCUAGAAGGCUCCGUUUCACCCAGUUCGCCUCUGUGGUCUACGAAGAUGAGCACUACAUGACCCCCAGAGACUUCCUGUUCUCUGUGAUGCUGGAGAAAGUGGACAGAAAAUUGCGGAAGAAAAUCUUAACAAACCAGGAAUUGAAUACGAUGCUGUUGAGGGCCUCUAAAGCCAAAGCUGGUAAACUUCUAUUCAGAACCUUAGGAGACAACGGUUUGAUAUCCUACACGGAGUAUCUGUUUCUGCUCACUAUCCUAACAAAGCCUCGCACAGGAUUUCAUAUAGCUUUCAAAAUGCUGGAUGUCGAUGGCAACGAGCAAGUGGACAAAAAAGAAUUUCUCAAGCUCAAGAAGAUCAUAGGAAAAACUAGAGUGAGAACUAAGGAGAACCCAGAGAAUCCAGCAGAGGACACUGAAGGUGUGAACACCACUCUACAGGCCUACUUCUUUGGAAGGAAAGGAGACAACAAGCUGCAGUAUCAGGAGUUCCGUAGGUUCAUGGAAGACCUGCAACUCGAGGUCCAGGAGAUGGAGUUCCUGCAGUUCUCUAAAGGCAUGGAGACCAUGCGGAGAGAAGACUUUGCAGAGUGGCUACUGCAUUACACAGAUGAAGAAAACAACGAAGUGUACUGGGAGAACAUGAGGAAGAGGAUCCCUUCUGGUCAGAGCAUCACAUUUGAGGAGUUCCAGGAAUUCUGUCUCUUCACCAACAACCUGGAUGAUUUCGCCUUUUCAGUGAAAAUGGUGACUGAAGCCAACCGUCCGGUUGGACUAGCCCAGUUCAAGAGGGCGGUGAGGAUCGCCACGGGCAACGAACUGUCAGACAAUGUGCUGGACACGGUUUUCAAGCUCUUUGAUACAGAUGGAGAUAACUGCCUGAGCCACAAGGAAUUCCUCGGUGUGAUGAAAGACAGAGCUCUGCGUGGGCUGAACGUGCAGACUCAGAGCAGCCUCUCUGGCUACUGGAAGUGUGUGAAGCAGGAGACCCUAAAGGGGGCUAAGGAGGCCCUGGGGAACUCCAGGUCCCCUUUAUAAACCAGCAUGUGUCAGUUGAGAGGUCCUACCACUCUUUACUUUGCAGUAAAUCAGACCGCAUGUAGAGGAUGUCCACCACUUGCAUUUGUAUGUCUACAGAUCAAAACUAUACUUUUGAUAUUAGCGCCGGGAGUGGUGUUUUUGUUGGACUUCAAUUAUUUUUCAUUGCUGGUGCUGAUAUAACUACACAUGUGAUCAAUGUGUGCAGUGCAAUGGGUAAAUGUGGUUAUUGUGAGAGAUGCUAAUUCUGUUCACAUUGUCAAUAUUAUUUUUGCACAUUUACUGGUGUGGGGUUUUUGUUUACAUUGUCAAGUUAUUUAUGUCAUAAUAAACUUGUUUGUGAUACUCAAGUGAUUGAAAUCACUAGCAAAGAAAUAAAGCAGCCGUGACUGAUA